AUGACCCCACCCUGCCUUGUUUUCGAUGCGUCAGAUUUGCCGCGACAUGUGCAGGCGGACCUGAGAGGCAAAAAGCGCAAGCUUGAGAGGGGUGCUGAUGUCGAUUUGUCCAAGUGCGCGUUGCGGGCGAUGACGCAGUUUAGAUGCACCGUCAAAAACCCCGACCGCAGAGACAGCCCCAUUGGAUGUUGGCCUGUCAUGCGGUUUUUCCGGCAAUGCCAGGACAAGAAGGGUACAUUUACUGUUGAAACCACAGCAUGGGAAGGGAUGAAUGCUGGAGCCGAAGAUGGGCACGCCAAUACUUCAGGUCUGCGCAGUACAGAUGUCCGCCAGGACCAUGGCAGAGAUGGAAAUGGUGACCAGCGGACGUAUCAUGAAUGGCCAGAGUUGUGGGAGAAAUAG